CGUAUACACCUGUCACCUCAGUAGUACAUCUGGAUGAACACCACAGUGCAGGUCUGGUAUGUCGGGUUGGCUGAGGGACGGUAUGAUACUGGAGGGGAAGGGCAGCGGUCAGAUGUCCCCCCGCCCCAGACUGCGGAGCCCAUUGCCAGGUCGGACGGCGAGGUUACAGUCGGGGAGCAGAGCGCCCUCUCCUAUCUCCGAGGGUCCCGGCACCAUGAGCAAAGCCAAAGAGCUGUUUGAGCUCUGUGAUAAAGAAGGAAAGGGUUUCAUCACAAAGAGAGACAUGCAGCGGUUAAAGGGCGAGCUGCCUCUCUCUCCCGAGCAGCUGGAAUCUGUGUUUGAGAGUCUAGACCGAGGCAGAAAUGAAUUCCUCACCCCCCUUGAGUUCCACACCGGCCUAGGAGAGCUUGUUGGUUAUGAGGCGGAGGAGCGAGCGGGGAGCGGUGAGAGAGAGUUAGUGGAAGAGGACCGAUUGGAGACAGCAGAGAUCAGAUUGACACACAUUCUCAUGGAGCUGGGAGCUGAUAAACUCUUCACAGACCACAGAGAGUUGUGCAGUCUUUGGUUUGAACUCCAGCGGGACAAACCCGAGCUCUUGGGCGUGCUGGAGGAGGUCCUGUCCUACACCGUCUCUCAUCUUCAGGACGCCCUCAAAGAGAGAGACAACUUAGAGCAGAAACUCUGCAGGAGAGAAGAAGAUCAUGACCGAGUGGUUCGCUCCAUGUAUGAGGACAUGGAGAGUCAGUUAAAAGAGGAGAGAGAGAAACGACAAGAUCUGGACAGUGUGAGGCAGGGGGACAAAAAAGAGCAGCUGCUCCUGGAGCUGAGGACACAAGAACAGGAGCUGGAGUUCACUCUCACCAAACAGAGAGAGCUGGAGAGCAGAAUCAACACUUUGACCAGCGAUCAGGUCGACGCUCGCAUUCAGCAACGCAAACUUCAGAACAUCAACCAGGAGCUUCAGGAACAGCUGGAUGAGAGUCGAGAAGAGCUUCAGCGCGCUCUGAAUCAAUUACAGCAACUGCAGAACAACAUCAAAAGCCAGCAGAACGGCAAAGAGAGAGAAGUCUUGAAAGUUUCCCGAAACAUGCAGAAGGAGCGAGAAAGUCUCAUGAGACAGCUGGACCUGCUCAGGGACAUGAACAAGCGUCUUCGGGACGAUAAAGACGCCCAGCACGCACAGAAGAUGGUUAGUCUAAAACAUCCUUUCACGUCCCCCACCCCUUAUCCUCCGUGCCGCUGCGCGCAUACCGUCUCACCAUGGCCGCACUACAUAUACCCGUAUUAAACUUCCCUCUUUUUAUGCUUGCCAAUGUAAUGUUACCCAUAAUGCACUGCUCCGGAAGGAGCAGCUUAAUGUGAACGAAUGUAUUCUGCUGGAUGCAUUUUUCUGGGUUUCGGUAAACCCACGUGCCGUCUGGAUUCUGGAUGAAGACAGCCAACACCCUCUUUCGGAAACACCUUCAAGUCUAAAUUUGUAUUUGCAUGCACAUGCAUCUGGGUUUGUUGUGGUGUUGGGAGGAUUUACUCCACUGGUCAGGAAGAACAAGGAACAACGUCAAGAAAAAAACGUCAACCUUGUGUGGAACGAGAGCAUCUGUGAACAUGGAACUGAUCCCAUUUGGAGAAAGAUGUUUCUUUAUUCAGACUGUUACAGAUGUAACUGUGAUUUUAUAAAAACAUUUAACAUGGUCAAUUUCUGCUUACAAGAGCCUUUAUAUAACUUAAGAAAUAACAAAUAAAUAAGCAUAAGUCAUUUACUUUUAUGUUUAUUUAAUUGAGUGUGAUUUUGUUUCUUUUGAAUCGAGCUGCUGUGUCAGUUUGCGUUUUCGCUCUGAAUUUUUUUAAGAACAAACUAGAGAUCAGGUUAAGAUUGAUAAAGCUGAACAAUGUUGUAUGUUGAUAUUGAACAAUAAAAACGUUUAUUUUUCUCCA